AACGUAGAAUAAGGCGAUAAAAUUUUUGAAAAAACUUAUCUUUUUAAACAUUGACCGGUUUUAAAAAUCUGUGGAGUUGAUUUGACAAUGUGUUGACAAUUGACAUAGGUAUUUUAAAAACACCGAAAAAUUAUAAAAUAUCAUUAUAUUACUUUGUUUGAUUAUUGUUAACUAAGCAAAAAUGGCAUCAUCAUUGGAACAGUUUGUAAAUAAUGUGAGAACUUCUUCAGCUUCUGGGAACUUUCGGGAGCUAUGUGACACUAUUGCUAAGUCAGAAGAAGUGUUACAAAGAAAUAGUGCUCAUCUCACAACUGUACUUGAAACUUUAGACGUACAACAACAUUCUCUUGGAGUACUAGCAGUGUUGGUUGCAAAAUUUUCACUGCCGCAGGGGAACAAUGACGUGGAUAAAUCUACAAUGUUCCAACAAAUCCAUGAUUUUAUUAACAAUUGUAAUGGUGAACAAGUCCGGUUUUGCCCUGAGCUCUAUGCAGAUUUAUGUCAUCUACUGACAGAUCAUCUUGUUGAACUAAAGCAGCCUAUUAGGGGUAUAGAAAUCUUGAAGAAGGCGAUCAGAAAAAUUCAGUUAUUUGAUUCACAGCUGACAUCCAUCCAUGCAGAUUUAUGUCAGUUGUGUCUUCUGUCAAAAUGCAUGAAACCGGCACUGGAGUUUUUGGAUACUGAUGUGACAGGCAUUGGUUUUGAGCUCGGUGGAGCAAAUGACUCGAAACAUUUCCUGCUUUACUAUUAUUAUGGAGGAAUGAUAUACACAGCAAUGAAGAACUACGAUAGAGCCCUGUAUUUCUUUGAAGUGGUUGUCACAGUCCCAGCUAUGGUUGUUUCCCACAUAAUGUUGGAAGCAUACAAAAAGUAUAUUUUGGUGUCAUUGAUUUUACAUGGAAAGAUACUACUCAUGCCUAAGUACACAUCACAAGUAGUCUACCGUUUCCUGAAGCCUUUGUCACUUGCCUAUCACGAGCUAGGUACUACUCAACAUGCUGCUAUAAAGCAUAGGGAAACAUUUGUGAGAGAUAAGAACAUGGGUUUGGUAAAUCAGGUUUUAAGCUCAAUGUAUAAGAAGAACAUUCAGAGGCUCACAAAAACGUUUUUGACACUUUCACUAAGUGAUGUUGCUUCACGUGUACUGCUGUCAGGGCCCACGCAAGCCGAAACUUAUGUACUCAAUAUGAUUGAAGAGGGUGAAAUUUACGCUAUGAUAAAUCAAAAAGACGGCAUGGUGGUGUUCCUUGAUAGUCCCGAGAAAUACGCAUCGCCGGAAACUCUGUGCGUAUUAGAACAACAAAUGGCUGCUUGUACGAAACUGCAUCAAUAUAUCCAGGAAAUGGAUGAACAAAUACAAGUGAAUCCACAAUAUGUGAAAAAAUCAGCAGGAAGUCAUGAUGAAGAUAUGCCAGCCACAAGUCAAAAUUCGAAAACUACUUAUACAAUGUAACCAUAUAUUUAACUUUAACCAUAUAAUUAUAAGAAUAUAGUCAAAUAAAACUAUAAAACAUGUAUUAUUACCAUAACCUUAAAAAAUGAAUAAA